AUGAACCCCGACAGACAGGCCAUGAUCGCCGGCUUGGGCAAAGACCGAGGAGAGCGAGACAACAACAGACGAGACAUCACGGCCCCCAGACUCGACAACAACAACCGAAUCUCCAAGCCCCAGUACAAGCCCUCCUCGAAACCCAUUACAGGCUCAAAUAGUACCCCCGUCGGCAACAGCUCAGGUCCCGGCGGCGGCAAAUACCUUACCCAGGACGAGCAGUCAGAGCAGUUCGUCGCCGACGAGGACAAGUUCGUGCUCAAGCAAGCAAAGAAGAAGGCCGACAUCCGCGUCAGAGAACGUCGCGCAAAGCCUAUCGACUUCCUGGCCUUCAACCUCCGCUUCAUCGACACCGACCGCGAUGUCUUUGACGAUCACGAUGACGACGUCGACAUCCCCGUGCCCUCUCCCGAGCGACUCCUCCAGAGCCUGAACAACAACGAGUCCCAGCUGAAGGAGCUGGAGGAGGACAUCAAGUCAUACAACACCCUCGAGACAAACCGCCGCAACAAGGAGUACUGGUCAGCCCUGGCUAUCCUGUGCGACGAUAAGCGCAACAAGCUCAAGCCACAGGGAGCAGAAGGACGAGCCGUCAACACGGUGGCUGCGGAUGUGGACAAGAUCUUUGCGCCCAAGACGCUAGAGCAGCUGGAGACGUUGGAGAAGCAGAUCAGGGCCAAGCUACAGUCCAACGAGCCCAUCGAUACCGACUACUGGGAAUCCCUACUCAAGAAUCUGCUGGUGUACAAGGCAAAGGCCAAGUUGAAGCAGGUGUGCUUGGAGAUCAAGGCCGCCCGGGUUGAGAUUCUCAAGGCUAAGGACCCCGAGAGAGCCAAGGCGUUGGAAGAAGCUGACGGUCUCCCUGAUGCGGCCCUCCCCUCGACCUCGGGCUCUUCCAGGACCUUGAUCCGCCCUGUCGCAGCCUCAACAUCGACAGCACUUGCCGCAUCCUCCAGUAGCAGCAGCAGCACCGCCCCACCCCCCGGUACCGCUCGCUUCGCCUCCACCGGCAACGAAGACUUCUCGCAAGCUACCAAGGCCCUCUACGACCGGGAAGUAGCCCGCGGCUUCCUCGAAGGCGAAGAAAUCUUCACGGCUGAAGAAUCCCUGACCGCAAAUCCCAAGCCCGUGUGGGCCGACAAGUACCGUCCUCGCAAGCCGCGCUACUUCAACCGCGUACUCAUGGGCUACGAGUGGAACAAGUACAAUCAGACCCAUUACGACCACGACAACCCGCCGCCCAAGGUCGUGCAGGGAUACAAGUUCAACAUCUUUUAUCCCGACUUGAUCGACAAGACCAAGGCGCCCACCUUCAAGAUCAUCAGGGAGGGCGGGAGACGUAGGGGGGAGAGCUUUGCGCCUGCGGGUAAGGAGGACACCUGCUUGAUCAGGUUCGUGGCCGGACCGCCGUAUGAGGAUAUUGCAUUCAGGAUUGUGGAUAGGGAGUGGGAUUAUAGCGCCAAGAAGGAGAGGGGGUUCAAGAGCAGUUUUGACAAGCCGGCCGGCCGGCCGGCUGUUGGUGAUGGUGACAACGUUGGUUACCAUGGCUACGUUGGCCCAUACCACGGCCCUCUAUAA